AUGCAUACCCCUCUCAUUGCCUGGAUUGCUGACUAUCCUGAACAGCUUCUGAUCACUUGUGUCUCAGCAAAGAAUUCCCCCAUUUCACUAGCAGAAGCAGAACAGUUCAGAGAUGUGACAGCCCAGCCCCCCCAUGAUCAUGAGUACAUGCUUCAGAAGAUACAACAGGCUGCCACCACAUGUGAUCCAUGCAAUAUUGUUGCAUUCCACAAGGCUUGUCUUGCCCUCCAUAUAAAUGGUGUCAUGGAGCCAUUCUGGAAAGACUGGGGGGAUACAUGUCCCUCCCACUUUCUCACCCCCAAUGCCCUGCACCAGUGGCACAAGUUCUAUUUUGACCAUUGUGUAUGCUGGGUAAUCAAUAUCAAAGGGGGUGAGGAACUCAAUCACCACUUAGCUGCCCUGCAGCCAAGGAUAGGGACUAGGCAUUGGGCAAAUGGUGUCUCCACUCUCAAACAGUGCACCACAGGGCCAUUGCCCAAUGAUGUGCUCUGUGCCUUGCACACCACCACCAAGUUUAUCUUUCUUGCCCAAGGUAUCUCCCAUUAUGAUGAAACCAUUCAUAGUCUCAGCAAAGCCCUUUUUGAACUAACUCAGCAUGUUGCACAGAGCAUUCAUCAGAUGGGUGCCCCUUAUCAAUGGAGCAGUGACAUCACUGAACAUUGCCACAUAACUCAUGUCAAGGCACCCUACCAUUUAUCAAAUCGCUGA